AUGUCUUUGGAGAGCUGUAUCUCGUCUCGGGCUGUGGCCUACUUGCCACAAGCCCCCAAGUUCUUCGACGUUCUCGACGACUUAUGGCAUCCUAUAACGAACCCUGGCGGCAUAGUCAACCUGGGACUCGCGGAGAAUGCAUUGAUGCAUACAGAACUCACUGAGUUUAUAAACUCCAAGCUUCAUGCCACCCCCCAUGCCUUGACUUACGGUGAUGGGUUUACUGGUUCAAAGCAAUUGAAGCAAUCUCUAUGUCAAUUCUUGAACCAGCAAUUGAAACCCUUCACACCCCUUGUUCCCGCGCACCUUCUGGCUACGCCUGGGGUAGGCAACGCUCUGGAGUGUUGUGCGUGGUCUCUGUGCGAUCAGGAUGAUUGCGUGCUUGUUGGUCGUCCUUAUUGGUCUGCUUUUGACUACAUAUUCAAGAUCCGAGCUGGGGUCAACAUUCGCCAAGUCUCGUUUGGUCCUGUCGAUCCAUUCAGCCUAGAGGGUGUCCAAGAAUACGAGAAAGAGUACAUUCGAGCGAAGCAGGAAUCCGCAAGGGUCAAAGCUAUACUUCUAUGCUCUCCACAUAAUCCGCUAGGUCGUUGUUAUUCCAAAGAGGUACUCAAGGCUUACAUGCGCCUCUGUGAUAAAUUGGGGUUGCAUCUUAUCAGUGACGAGAUAUACGCACUGUCUGUAUUCGAAAACCCAAAAAUGCCGGACCCUGUGCCAUUUACGUCAAUAUUGUCGAUAAAUACCCAAGGUCUCAUAGACCAGAGGAAGGUUCAUAUGCUGUGGGGAUUAAGCAAAGAUUUUGGUGCCACGGGCUUGCGGAUUGGAUGUUUGGUCAGCCAAGUCAAUGAAUCAUUCCUAAAAUCUCUUGAGAGCUUCUCGCUCUUCAACUUCCCAUCAAGCCUUGCUGAUGGUGUCAUCGCAUCUCUUUUAGCAGAUGAAGCAUAUAUCCAACAAUACGUCUCAUCCUAUCAGUCACGGUUGGCGAAAAGUUAUGCUCGCGCGACGCAGUUCUUUCGAAAGCAUGGGAUUCCCUACAAAGAAUCAAAUGCUACACUAUUCCUGAUGGUAAACUUGACAGAAGUGGUACAAGGCACAUCGUUGGCGGAAGACGACAUCUUAACGAUGCUACGAAAGGAAAAGGUAUAUCUUACCUCAGGAACUAGCUACAGAAGCGAGCAGCCUGGGUGGUUCCGAGUAGUUAUUGCACAUCCUCAAUAUGUACUAGAUGAAGGGUUGAAGAGGAUCGUUCAAGCUUUCAAAUGA